GCUUAGCAACCACGCGGGACUCCCUAGGAGUCGCUUAACCCUCCAGCCUUCAACACCUCGGUGUACGACCAGCACAGCCUCUCUACUUCGACUUACUUCUGUCGUCGACCCCAUUCGAAAACUAGUUGUUCGGAAUCAACUCCUUUCCCUUGUCUCCUAAGUCUGGGUUUGUCUCACCUGGGUUCCGCCAUCCCGCGGGGCCUACCGACUCCCGCCUCAGGCUAGCCGCCAUUUACUUUAGAUCAUGUUUGGAGCUAACCGGGCUCCCAGUCCCGAGGAAGAGGGUGUCUGCAUCACCGAAGCCCUUAUCACCAAGCGCAACAUGAACUUUCUUGAGGAUGAGGACCUGUCCGAGAAGAUAUUUAACAACCUUGCUGAACUACAGACUGUCCGCUUGGACAGGGAGGGGAUUACCACCAUCAAAAACUUAGAGGGGCUCCAAAAUAUUCACAGCCUCUAUCUGCAAGAGAAUAAGAUCCAGCGCAUUGAGAAUCUGGCGUGCAUCCCCUCCUUGCGCUUCCUGUCUCUGGCAGGCAACGAAAUCAGGCAAGUGGAAAACCUCCUUGACCUCCCAUAUCUCCAGUUUCUGGACCUUUCUGAGAACCUGAUAGAAACACUGAAGCUGGAUGAGCUCCCCCAGAGCCUUCUCAUCUUCAACCUGACUGGAAACCAGUGCACCGAAAAGGAGGGUUACAGGGAGAUGGUACUGGAAGCUCUGCCUCUUCUCCUGGAUCUGGACAAGCAGCCUGUGUUGGAGCGCUGGAUCUCAGAUGAUGAGGAUAAGACCUCAAGCGAUGAAGACGAGUUCCCUGAGCUGAGUGGCCCAUUCCGUACAGAGCGAGGCUUCUUCACAGAGCUGGAGAAGGACAUGAGCAAGAACCAGGAGCGCAGACAGAAGGCUGCCCUGUCAGAACACAUUCUGAGGAUGGAAAUCCAGCCUACCCUCACCGACCUGUCCCUGCUGCCUGGGGCGCCCAUGACAGGGGACAGCCUCCCUUCUGUCACUACAGAGCCGGGGAAGGAGCCCCUCCCAGAAGCUGUCACUUCACCUUCAGCCUCCUCUCUCACCAGGAAACCAGGCAGGCUCUUUCGUAGGGGCCAGAAAAGCUCCAGCCAAGCAGAAACGGGGGCCCUGGGGGCCUCUCAGGUUGGGCCGCUCAACACAACUAAAACUGUGACCAAAAGAACCAACAAGUGAAGCACAGACUCUACUCUCUCUCCCUCUCUCUCGCUCCCUCUCCCUCUCCCUCUCUCCCCCCCUCUCACACAGGAGUGAAGCCCCUCUUGUGCAGACUCCUCCCCAA